AUGGUUCUUUCUUGGAUUCUCAAUGUCCUUGACAAGAACAUCUCUCACAGUGUCAUCUACAUUGACUCUGCUCAUGCCGUUUGGACGGGGCUUAAACAACGUUUCUCACGCAGCAAUGCCCCGCGCAUCUUUCAACUCAAGCACUCUAUCGCCACCAUUCAACACGACACAGAUUCCCUCUCUAUCUACUACACCCGUUUGAUGAUGCUUUGGGAUGAACUUACUUCCUACAAUCCCGUCCUUGCCUGUACUUGUGGUGCGCAUUCCACCCUCCACACCGCUGUUCAACAGGAACAGGUUUACCAAUUUUUGAUGGGUCUCUCUGACAGUGCGGUGACCAUUCAUUCUCAGAUCCUCACCAUCGAACCCCUCCCAGAUGUCAAUCAGGUGUAUCACCUCCUUCUACAGGAGGAGCAGCAACGUGCUCUGACUGUCACCGUCGCCAUUUCUGACACUGCUGCCAUGACCGCACCUCGCCCUUCUUUUGCCCCAAGCAAGACUUUUGGCAAGGGGCGUCCAUUCUGUGAUCACUGCAAGGCUUAUGGCCACUAUCGCAGCACCUAUUGGCAACUCCAUGGUUACCCACCUAGUUAG